UUUUUGAUUGCUGAAUUUCUAGAAAAGACAGAACGAAGACUGGCCACGCGCUUGGACAUCCUGGUUCGAGACCUACUUGCGCUGAGCCACAGAGAAAUAUGCCACCGAUAGUGUGCGGUCUCCUGCGAAUUAUCAUGCACUCGGCCAUGGUCAUGGGAGCAUGCAGAGAUGCUCCGGCGACUGCACAGAUUAUCACUCCUCCAUGCCAAUCACAGUCAGUUGCACAGUUUUUAUGGAAACAUUUGCAACACGACCUGAAAGUCCUUGGCACUGCACUGGGACGUAGUGAUUAUGACGCAGCACUGACAGUUCACAUUGUACUAGGGCGAAUGAUUUCACGUUGUACUGCAGCGAAUGGAGGACGAAGAGCAAACACACCUGACAUGCUUCUUCUAAGCCGAGAGAGUCGAAUGAACUGGGAAACAGAUUUCUGUGGUGAGAUUGUCGCUCCUGUUGUCAGGGAUCUUGACGAGAAUCUAAAGAGGGCUUUGAGGCUGUUGACUGGAGACGAGAGAUUUGGAAGUGAUCCAUUAGUGCUACAGAUGUACGAGUUUGAUGCGCACAUAGAAGACCAAACUCAGGGUGUAAAACCCAUGUCCAAGGCCCUUUGGAAGUACAGAAGGCAAAUCACUGUGGAACAUCUGGGAAACUCAUUCCAACAGCAAGUUCUUUCUAGUGGAGAAGAGCAAUGCAAAGUGCUGAAUGCUUUCCUUAAACAGGAACACAAGUUGCGUUACGUCCAGUUUCUUCCUGACCUUGUUCGUCUGCAACGUUUGUUGAUGGACAGAUUUCACAGACGAAUUGACAGAACAGAUGCUGAGGGCUACACCAUCCAGAAAUUUCUUCAGGACCUUCCAAGAGGAUCUGUGAGAGAAGACUACAUUAAAUUGUUCCAGAGUUUUAAGACUGCGUGGAAUUCUUGCCGGUCAUUUCUUGGCGAUCAAGGUCGUCUUCGUGUACCGCAAGAUCUUUGUAAUACCACCAUGGACAACGACUGUCCAAUCGCCAUGUUGCUCCCUGGCACCGCAGGGAUGGGAGUGUGUUCGACUUCGCUCACCUUCUUCUUAGUCAAUACGCAUAACGAGUUUCUGGGAGCAUAUCGUAAUGCAACUAACCAAGAAUGUGCUCUUGAUCGCGUUUCCUCUAUGUCGGUGACCAUGUCACAUCUGAUAGCUUAUGAUCCUGAGAAAGACCUGCUGCCUCUUAUCCUGGCACACUGUAACUACUCUCUAGAGGUGGGACAGGAAACUCUAGUUCAUUACGAUUGGGCAGCAUUGGAAAGACAGCUUAUUGACAGGUUUCUGAGGGGAAGACCUUUCGUUGAGUUCAAGGACGAACGAUUUGCUUUCAGUCGAGACACACGUAACGAUGCUGUGUUCGCUUCCCUUAAUGAAAAAAUUCCUCAGGAGCCCAUUUCUCGCUUUGUCGAACGCCAGAUUAUCGUCGAUUUCCGCUCCUCCUUGUCUGAUGUCUGUGAUGUUCUUUCGUCAUUGGAUAUCGCCAUUGGUUUUCUUGCUUCGUCAGGUGGCCAAACCGAGAGACCUUUAAAAUGGUACUUACAUGAAGUACUUAAGUUACCCAAAGAACGCGGACUCAAGAGCCCAACAGCAGAGCAACACUGCUACCUGUCUCACACAUUGGCGUUAUGGCGUCUCCUGGCUCUAGAAAAAGCGAAAAUCAAGUCUAGGAACAAUCAGGAGCCAUUUGAGCAAAUGCCUGACGAUUUCAAGGAAAGACUGAGCUCAAGCGACAUGGCGCACCUAAAUCGCGUAUUGCGAAAAAUCGACAUGGACUCAUUUUUACCACAACUCCUGGAAAUUAUUCUUCUGAAUGUUAGAAAGGAUGGUGAAAAUAUUUCAACGAUGAGUUUUGUAGAAUACUUGGAACUGUGCUUGGCGGAUAAAGGUUUAGAGCAAAUACCAGGAACCGAGAACAUUCCCGACAGCAUCCAAAUGAAGCACGUGAAAGCUGUCUGGAACUCCGCCUUACAAUUAAGUGACGACUUCACCAAGAACGUCUCGCAGCUACUGCUUGAGGAGCAGUGCUCGAGGCCCAAGAAACUGGCGGAGCCUUGUCUCAGAAAGCAGCAAUCAACAAACUUGUCUUAUCUCUUGUUUUUGUGUUUUGUUUUGUAUUUGUUUUGUUUUUUGUUUUUUGUGCCAAAGUCAUUUCGAAAUGUUAUCAUAGGGAUGAAAGUACCAUUUCAAAUUCUGGAAAUUGUUAUUGGCUUAAUAGGUUUUAGUAUGAGUUGUUUGUAUAAGUUGUUAUUGAUAUUAAUAAGUGACUAAAUAUCUAUAGCACUUUUCAUUUCAAUGUCGAAAGUAAUUCAGAACUGAAGACACACUCAGUUGAAAACUGCUCUACCUUAAUGCACGCUUAAAGUAAGGCUAGAUGGUUUAUUGCUAGUGUUAGUAACAGUGUUGUCAAUAGAUCAAUACAGCGAGAUGCAAACGAAUCAAGCACCCUCAUUGAGUAAACCAAUGUUUUUUUUGUUUUUUGUUUGCUUAACUGUUUGACGCAUAUAAAAUGCUAUGUUAAGGUCCAUGUGUUGAAGCCCGCGGCGAAAAACAUAUCAGUUAUUAUCCUUCUUUAUAGCCAUGAAUUGUUGUUAAUGUUUGAGUAGAACGCUUUCCAAUAAAGAAUAGAAAACAAUUAAUAAAAUUGACAGUCACAUCA